GUGAACUUGAGGCUCGACAUCAGGCCAAAACUUGUUUUCUCACCAUCGACACCGCGUUUCCGCAGUUUCCUGGUGCCGAGAUGUGGAAUCCACCAAAUGGGAUCAGUGAAGAUUGCCUGAAUAUGAACAUCUGGGUGCCUGCGAAUCACGACGGCUCUGUUCUUGUGUGGAUCUUCGGAGGAGGUUUCUUCAGUGGUUCACCCUCUCUUGAUCUCUAUGACGGCACUGCAUUGGCAGCUAUAAAGCACACGAUCGUUGUGAACAUCAAUUACCGUUUGGGACCAUUUGGUUUCCUUUACCUUGGCGACGAUUCACCCGUGCCAGGCAAUAUGGGCCUGUUGGAUCAGCAAGCUGCACUGCGUUGGUUGCAUGAGAACAUUGGUUCGUUUGGUGGUGAUUCUUCACGUGUGACACUCUUCGGCGAAUCUGCCGGCUCGGCAUCUGCCACGGCACAUUUGGCAGCUCCUGACAGUUACUCCUAUUUCAGUAAAAUCAUCGCCAAUAGUGGAACAAUUAUGAAUUCCUGGGCCAGCCGGACGCCAGAGACAAUGCUGGAGCUGUCUAUGAGGUUAGCAAAGCGAUUGAACUGCACAUCUAAGGGUACCGAUGCUAUCUCCAUUCACAACUGUCUACGUGGUGUUCCCGCCUCAGUUAUUCAGGUCAGAAAAAGGAUAUCGGCCGAAAAAUUGUGA